AUGCCGGACCUCGACAAGAUCGCGCGGGCCAGCGGCAUGGACCCCGAGACGAUGCGGGGGCACGCGCAGAGGCUGUGGAAGCACAUGGACGAGCUCGCCGAGAAGUCCCCGGACGAGUACAGAUCGUUCCUCGAGAAGCAAGCCGCCAACGCGGGGGUGGACCCGAACAAGGCGUUCGGGCCCGCGGGGGGCGCGGGGGGCACCGGGGCCGACCCGAAAGACAUCGCCGCAGCGGCUGAGGCGCGACGCGCGGCGGCGGCGACGGCGGCGGCGGCGACGGCGCGACGCGACGGCGUCGGCGAGCGCAUGUCGCCGUCGCUCCUGACGAAAGUCGCGGGUCUCUCCUCGAGCUCCUCCGCCCGGGUCGGGGCGGCGACUCGCGACGAGCCACACGCGCUCAUCGAGGAGGUCAACGGGACGGGUGUACGGCACGAGGUCAGGGUGACGCGCGGUGCGGGCGGGGUGCCCGUCGCGGUCGAAGUGACGUGCGUCAUGCCAAUCGGGGUGACGUCGGCGAAGGACGCGGAUGUAACGGUGUCGGGUCGGUACGUGCACGUCGAGUGCGCAGGCGUCGGGGAAAAAACGUGCAUCGCCCUGCCAAUCCCCGUAGACCCGGACGACGUGAGCGCGGUGUUCAAGAAGAAGGAGAGGCGACUGACGCUUCGGCUCACGCCGGCGUCGAGCGAGUGA